AUGGCGAAAGCCAGUUCCUGUGGCGAGCUGCCUCCGGCUGUCCGAUGCGGUGGCCAGCAACUGGAAAAGCUCACCAACUCGCUGCUGUACGGCGUGGUGAACUCCAUCCGGGCCAUCCCCACCAUGUACGGCUACGCCGUCAUCAUCUUCAGCCACCCGACCUUCGGCGCCUUCAUGCCCGCGCUCUCCAAGCUCGUCAUCCUCUCCAGCGCCGUCCACCAGCUCAUGUUCACGCUGCUCAGCUCGCUGCCCUUCGCCAUCGGCCAGGUGCAGGACGCCGGCCUCAUCUUCCUCAGCGCCAUGGCCUCCUCCAUCUGCAAGGACCUCGGAGACGACGUGUCGCCGGAAGCCAAAGUGGCCACCACCAUCGUCACCAUCGGCAUCGCCACGGCCUCGCUGAGCGUCUGCCUCGUCGUCAUGGGGCGCUUCAAGCUCGCCGCGCUUGCUUCGUACCUGCCCAUGCCCGUCAUCGGGGGCUACCUGGCCUUCAUCGGCGUCUUCUGCCUCUACGCGGGCCUCGCGCUCAGCACGGGGCUCGUGGUCAACGACUUCUCGUCCAUGCUGCACGUGCUGAACGACGCCCACAACGUCCUGCUGUGCGUGCCGGGCUUCCUGGGCGGCGCGACGCUGCUGCUGGUCUCGCAGAACUUCAAGAACCCGUUCGCGCUGUCGACGGCCAUCAUGGUCAUGCCCGUCCUCUUCUUCCUCGUGCUGGCAAUCGGCAGCAUCUCGCUCGACCAGGCGCGCGACAGCGGCUGGGUCGACCCCGUGGAGAAGACGGCGUCCGUCUCGGAGCUGCUCGGCCUCUUCGACCUGGACCUCGUGCACUGGGCGCAGGUCCCCCAGCAGGUCGUCACGUGGCUCGGCAUGGUCUUCAUCGUCGCCAUCUCGUCCAGCCUCGACGUCGUGGCCAUCGAGAUCGACAUGGGCAGCAAGCUCGAUAUCAACCACGAGCUCAAGACCGUGGGCUGGUCCAACGUCGUGAGCGGGCUGCUCGGCGGCUACACGGGCUCGUACAUCUUCGGCCAGACCAUCUUCACGUGCCGCUCCAAGACCGACUCGCGCGUGGUCGGCGUCUGCGUCAUCCUGGCGGAGCUCGCGAUCGUGGCCGUGCCGGUGUCCGUCAUGAGCUACGUGCCGCGCUUCUUCCUGGCCGCCACGCUCUUCUUCGUCGCGCUCGACCUCAUGCUCGAGUGGCUGCUGCUCGCCUACCGCAAGAUGUGCGUGCGCGAGUGGGCCGUGGUGUGGCUCUCGUUCCUGGCCAUCAACCUCGUGUCUCUGGACGUGGGCAUGCUCAUCGGCGUGGGCGUGGCCGUCGUCAACUUCGUGCUGAGCUACGUGGAGGUCCCCAUCGUGAAUCCCUGUGUGGGCUCUUCAUCUUCUUCUUCUUCUUCGUCGUCGUCGUCCGACAUGCAGCUCCAGGCGCUCGCAUCGAACACGGUGCGGACCCGACAGCGCGGCGCCAUCGCCCACUUCGAGUUCAGCGGGUAUCUCUUCUUCGGCUCCGUGGUGCAGAUCCUCGAGGGUGUCCAGAAGGGAGUCUACGUCCGCAAGAGCACUACCGAUGUUGCUACUGGUGCUGCGGACAGGCAGAGCUUCCUACCGACACGCGCGGCGCCUCACAGCGUCUCCAUCGAGUGUUUGGACGGUACGCCAGCGUUGAACGCGCACGCUUCGCCGACCGAGUUUGUUGUCAUGGACUUCGGCCGCGUCUCCGGCAUGGACGCUACGGCAGCGCGAGGCGCCUUCUUGAUCUUCAAGAAGUACUGCAGGAACCGAGGCAUCGCCGUCGUCUUCGCCGGUGCGCUCCCCAGCAUCCGCACGCUGCUGCUCAAGAACGACAUCGCCGGCGAAGAGAGCUUCUACGACAGUGCCGAGGACGCCAUCAAGUUCUGCGAAACGCACUUACCAGCAAACAAUACUUCCGAUGACACGGUUGGCAUACUGCUACAACGCGCCCUGAAAGGUCCCGAGGACUCGCGACCAGCGCUCGACGGCGUCGGCCACUUCUUCCGGAAGGUUGAGGUUCCAGCCGGCUACGAGUUCUACCGAGUGGCUCAGUCUCCACACUCGUUCUACCUGCUCGCCCGUGGUCGAGUUGCCAUCUUUAAGAAUGCCGACAGCAGCAUUAAGGCUAACAAACCUCUGGCGCAGCUGAUGACGGUCCGUCCGGGCUCCAUGUUCGGCGAGGUGGCAUUUUCCAGCCAGCAACGGCGACACACUGCGGCCUCUGCGAUGGAGGCUUGCACCGUGUAUGAACUGAGUCGCGAGCAGUUUGAGGCCAUGAAGGAGCAGACUCCAUGGCGCUGUCGAUCACUAACCUAA